AUGGAUAGCAACGAUCUCAAGCAAACUGAAUCUGGAGAAGUGACCGCUAGCCACUAUGAAGGUCGUCAGCCUGACUGGUCGCCUGAAGCCGAGCGUGCUUUGGUCCGUAAAAUUGAUUUACGUAUUCUUCCUAUGCUGAUCAUUAUGUAUAUUUUGAAUUACGUCGAUCGCACAAAUAUUGGAAAUGCUAAAAUUGCUGGACUUUUGACUGAUUUGAACAUGGACUCUGGUGUGCAAUACAACUGGGCAUUGUCCAUCUUCUUCUUUGGAUACCUACUCUUGGAAAUCCCAAGUAACUUGCUUCUGGCUUACUCUCGCCCCUCCAUCUAUAUCCCUGGUAUUAUGAUGUGCUGGGCUAUCAUUUCUGCCUUGACUGGAGCAGUACAAAAUUACUCUGGUCUUCUCGCUGUUAGAUUCUUCUUGGGUAUUGUUGAGGCUGGUUUCUUCCCAGGCUGUCUUUUCUUGCUAUCCUCUUGGUACAAGAAGCACGAGUUAGCUAAGCGCAUGUCUAUCUUGUACUGCGGUAGUAUCGUUUCUGGCGCCUUUGGCGGUCUCAUGGCCUAUGGUAUUAUUAAUGGUUUGGAUGGUGCCCGAGGUAUUGCUGGAUGGCGAUGGCUGUUCAUUAUUGAGGGCAGUAUCACAGUGGUCGUGGCUAUUAUUGCCGUUUUCAUUUUGCCCGACUACCCUACUACUACCAGAUGGUUGUCCGCAGAAGAAAUCCGCAUUGCUGAGACUCGUCUCAUUCUCGAUGGUCAAGAACCUGCCCAUGGCAAAUCAGAGUUCUCCUUCCGCCAUGUCAUCAUGGCCCUUCGGGACUGGCGUGUGUAUUUCUUUAUCUUCUUGUUCAUGCUCGAUGUCUGCGCUGGAACCAUCAGUUACUUUAUCCCAACUAUUGUCGCCAACCUUGGUUACUCUUCUGCUACGGCUCAACUCAUGACUGCACCUCCAUAUGUCUUUGCCGCUAUCUUGGCUUUGUUCAACGGUUUCCAUGCCGAUUACACUAAGGAGCGUGGCUAUCACGUUGCUGCUCCUAUGCUUAUGGCUAUGGUUGGCUUUAUCAUCAGUGCUGCUACCUUGAGCAAUGCUGCGAGAUACUUUGCUCUCUUCUUGUGUGCUGGUGGAAUUUGGAGUACAAUUUCUAUCAUUUUGGCAUGGACUGGUAACACACUCAACUUCCCCAAGGAGAAGAGAGCUGUUUCUCUUGCUUUGGUGAACAUGAUUGGUAACUUGAGUUCAGUCUACGGAGCUCAGUUGUAUCCUGCCUCCAACGGUCCAAGAUACAUUCCAGGCAACAUUGCCAAUGCUACAUUCUGUUUCGCUGGUGCUAUUCUUGCUGUCCUUAUGAAGCAUUACAUCUUGCCCCGCUACAAUGGACCUUUCGCCGAAAGAAGAAUUGCUGAUGCUGCAGAAACACCUGUUGCAGACAAACCAAACGAAGCUCUCUCCAAUGGGGCUGAUCAUCAAGUCGUUGAACCUGGAGUUCAAAAGCCAUAG